AUGGCACCGCAUCCCACUGACAAGGACAUCUCAUCCUCCCACAUGGAGACCGAACAGAUCGAGUCCAUGGGAGAAAUGAAAGUCCCCAUGUCCGACUUAAAACUAGACUCAAAUGGACUACCCCUAGUGCCUCAACCGAGCGAUCAUAGAGAUGAUCCUUUGAACUGGCCAAAGUGGUACAAAUAUUAUGUUCUGUUAUUACUUUGCGUUCUUUCAUUUAUCGUGCAAUGUGAUUUCCCCUUCUCCUUUGUUGGAGCGGGAAUGAUUCCGGCAGCCUUUUCUCCCAUUGCCAAAGCCUACAAUGUGAGCCAUCAGCAAGCUAGCUACUUGACAACUUCGAAUGCCCUCUUCGGUGGUGUCACGCCUUUACUUCUUACACCAUAUGUCAAUAUGUAUGGCAGACGACCUGCUUACCUGCUGUUUACUUUGAUCGCGAUUGCCUCCAAUAUUGGUUCAGGCUAUGCCUCUACCUAUCCUCAAAUAAUAGUUGCUCGAUGUUUCUCGGGCGUUGGUGCCAGCGUUGCUCUGUCUAUUGGGGGCGCUACGAUUUGCGAUGUAUUCUUCCAAGGCGAACGUGGACGCUUCAUCGGACUUUAUGCGCUGGCUGUAACAAAUGGACCUCACUUUGGCCCUAUUGCCGGUGGAUACAUUGCACUCAACCUGGGUUGGAGAUGGAUCUUCUUUGUCAACGCCAUAAUGAUGGGCGCGAUAUUCGCAGUCUUCGUCGUGUCAUUCCCAGAAACGCUGUACUCACGAACCGAAUUCAGUAAGCUGGAGGGCCUGAGCUACUGGAACAGGCUGGCUUUCCGAGGCAAGGUGCUCGACCGGCAGUUGCAUAUGUCUGACUUCCUCAACAACUUGAAGAUGCUCAAGUACUGGGCCAUCUGGGUUCCCUGCAUCUACUACAUGACCGCCAAUACGUAUGGUUCCAUCCUCUUCGUCUUGACCGCGUCUAGCAUCACGGAGGAGUUGUAUAACUUCGACACCUCGCAGACCGGCAUUCUGCUCGGCGUGCCUUUGACUAUCGGCUGUCUAAUUGGUGAAGCCUGCACUGGGUGGAUCUCCGACUGGUUGAUUAACCGUUACGCCCGGCAACAUGACGGUUACCGAAAGCCAGAGGCGCGACUAUAUCUAUGUUUUUUAGGCCUGUUUCUCCCGGUCGGCCUUGUUAUCCACGGCGUCUGCGUUAGUGAACGGACGCCAUGGAUUGGCCUCGCGAUUGGUAUGGUGGUUGCAUCGAUUGGAGUACAGGCCGCCACUACUUUGACCUAUACUUACGUUAGCGACUGUUACAAGCCGCAGGCUCCCGAAGUAUUAACCCUCGUCAAUCUGUUCCGUCAAAUCUUCGCCUUCAGCAUCGGUUUCUACGCGCUUCCAUUUGGCGAAAACGAUGGCUAUGGCGUGGCUUGGGGCACGUUUGCUGCUGUGCAGUUUGCGACUUGGCUUCCUCUCCUGCUGUUGAUCUGGAAGGGAGAGGCUAUUAGGAAACGGCAAGGCGUGCCAAAUUGGCAUCAGGAUCUGUAG